CCGUUUAAAGAUGGCAGCCGAGGAGUUGUGUCUGAAGGAGUUGGCUCUCGUUUACUUAGAUAGGACUGGAGGUCUUCACAGAUUUAUCAACGAUUGUAUUUGCUAUAAUGAUUCCAAACAGUGUCUUGCUGUUUAUCGCUUCAUUAUUUAUGUGAAUCCAGCUGAUGUGACAGAGUUGGAUGCCAGGCUUGGUAACUGUAUUCUUCACCACCCAAUAAGAGCUGCACAUUUGUUUCAGUCUGUUUGCUUUACAUCAAUCAAGACAUUGUCAUUAAUUGAACAAUUAGAAACAGAAAACCAGGUUAAUGUUGUGCUAAAGCUGACACACUUACCUCCACUGCCAAAUUACUCAUUUAACCUCUGCCAGUUCCCCCAUGGGUACCAGCUGCUGAGAUACUAUAAGAUAGAGGGAGUAGUGAUUGCAAUGACGACUGUAACAAAAUACACUCAAGGUGCCAGAUUUCUUUGUUCUGAAUCAAGCUGCCCUUUUUCAACAGGCUUUCAGUACAUUCGAGUGCAUACUGUAGGUGCUACAGAAUCAGCAACUGUGCGAAAUGAUUUCACGUGCACUUUGUGUAACUCUGCACUCAAGGAAGAUGUGAAAUUCAGAGUGCUGGGUGACAAACAGCUUGUUGAGAUAAUUGAUGCAGCUGCCCUUGAUGUUAUUAAAGGAAAUCAAGUCAGCCGAUCGUAUUCUAGAUACCAGUCUUUCACUGUGUUUUUAAGGGAUGAGCUUCCUAAUAGAAUGAAGAUUGGCAAUAGAUACUAUGUAAUAGGAAUUCCAGCUCAUGUAUACAGUGGUUCACAACUACAAUUGUGUAUGGAAGCAAAUAGCAUACAACCAUGGUUUACAAACGGUAAGAUCUAUUCACCCUUCAUCAGUGACAACUUCAAAUGUCUACUUUCUAUCACUGCAUCUUCACCUUGGAGAUUCACAGCUGUUCUGGCCAAUAUCUUUGCUGCACAGAUUGUUCCUCCUGGCACUUACAACAUUCUCAAACUCAGCUUGCUACUGAGCCUGGUUCAGACCUGCGAAAAUGAAAAGCAGACAAUAGAAUGCCUAGACCUUUUAGUUGUUACAAGUGAUCCAGUAACUGUGGACAGGCUGUUAACAUAUAGUUUGAGCCUAGUGCCUUGUGGAGUGCGACAUUUACCAUCAUAUGAAAUGUUUGCUACAGUCUCGAAAGAUGAACAUGGAACUGGCACUGCCAAAGUUCAGGCUGGCUCUGCCUUACUGGCUAAAGGAGGUAUCUGCUAUAUAGGAGAACUUUUUUCAUACAGAAAAGACAAACUUGAUUUACUACAGACAGUUUUAGAGACUAGGAGUACCACAGUGUUUAUUUCUGGGAAAAAGUUUGGAGAAGAUGUUGAUCAACAGAUGUCCUUUCCGAUCCAGUGCAACUUCUGGGCUUUGGCUGAUGCUGAAAGUCACCUAAGGAAAGCCAUGCAACAAGAAGAUGCUGUAAUUGGUUCAAUGGACAUCAGCUCAGUCCCAGUUAAUCUGGUCGAUGGUUUUGGUCUGUUGAUUUACUGUGGUGAAUCAUCCAACCACCAUUCCCCUGUGCAUCUAAUACAGCAUGUACUGAGUGAAGCAAUGAAUCCAAGCAAGCCUCUUUAUCCAGCACUGCAGAAAUUUACAACACAAGAAUAUCAAAAGCUGCUAGCAUUUGCCAGAAACCAGCAGGCUGAACUUACUUCCGAGGCCGAGAGGCUCAUACAAGGGUAUUACACUGCAAGCCGGAGAGUCCGAACUGAUCCUGUCCAUGGAUCUAAAAUUUCCCCCACUGCACUGAAGGCAUUAAUGUCAUUGUCUGAAACACAUGCCAAACUCAGCCUGAGAAACAAAGUGCUGGAACAGGAUGCUGUCAUUGCAGUUUUGCUGUAUGAAAUGUCCAUCACUGCAAGGCAUGGUUCCUCGGUGUUAUGUGUGGCUCCCAAUGCAGUGUUUCCUUUUGAACUGUGUGAUGAGCAUAGCUUAAAUCAAAGAGAUAUAUAUUUGGCACAAUUCCAUCAACAGCUGUUACAGUUCUGCUAUACAUAUGCUCCUGGGAUGUCUGUGCACUUUUCUGAAGAAUAA